AUGGCUGGGUUGGGCUCGUUUAUUGUUUUGGGUGCAGAACCCGGGCCCACCAGACCGACUACUUCAACAGGUGUGGAUGUAACAGAAGAAUACGCUAAUGCCUUCCGCACCGAAUCAUACCUCGACUUCUGGACACGUGUCGUGGCGUUAUCCAAUGGAGACUCAACCAAGUCCAACAAGCGCAUGCCAAUGGAGUCAACUACCGCAGCUCGGCUCCCAUCCUAUCGGCUCUUCGCGGAGCACCUUUUGGAUCCGGACCAACCCAUGGUUGCUCGGAUCUUAACCAUGGCCCCGAACCACCCCACACUUUUAUCCGACUAUUUCACACAAACAGCCGACGCUUCCAUCCUAUGUGGCCUCCUAUUAAAAGACAUUGACCGUACACGUGUCAAAUACCGUUCCAUCAAAACCAGCCUCCAAUCCUUAAAUGACAGGUCUACCCCUGAAACACUAACCCGCCUAACCAAAUUAACCACUGCCUUGUCCCUGAUUCGCAUUCAAGCCAUUCAAGCUGGGUGCUCAAACUUGCUAAAACGGCUCGAGUCGAGUCGCAACAAGGCUCGAGACAAGCUUCGGCUCUCAAACAAAUUAAGAGCCGGCUCAGCUAUUUUCUUAGUGGCGCUAACGGCUUCGUUAAGUGUAAUUGUAGUCACGCAUGCUCUUGCACUAGUUGUGGCGAUGCCGGCUUUUAUAGCUGCUUCUCUUGACUUGGCUUCGGCGAGGAGGCUAGCUAGGAUGGCUGCUCAGCUCGAUGCAGCCACCAAGGGGACUUACAUACUAAAUAGAGAUCUAGAGACUGUUAGCCGGCUCGUGGCUCGGCUGAAUGAUGAGAUAGAGCACAUGCACGGCAUGGUCACGUUUUGGGUGGGCCGUGGAGAGGACUGGAGCCAAGCCAGCGGCGAAGUGGGCCGCCAGCUGAAGAAAAAUGAUUGUAGCUUUAGGCAGCAGCUUGAUGAGCUAGAGGAACAUCUGUAUUUGUGUUUCAUGACCAUUAACCGGGCCAGAAAUCUAGUUGUGAAGGAAAUUCUGGAUCCGGUUCAUACCACAGUAUGA